GCGGGAUCCCCGGGGCUGGUGGCGGUACCGGUGGCCGCCCCGGCAUCACCGGCUGUGCGUGGGACCCGGGGACAAACGGUCUUGUCCGUGCCCGGGCGCGGGGAUGCUGGGACACAGAACAAUCUCAGAGGAAGAAGAUGUAGAUGGAUCAUCUGCUAAAUGCCAAAGCAGUUUCAAGGAAGACAUUUGUCCUCAGCCCAAUGCCCAGAUUUGACUUCUACUGUGGUCUGCUUGCACUUCUGGAGCCCUUGAGAGUAAAACCUCAUCUGCAGGAACCAGCCAACUUAGUAUGAUGGGCGGUCAACCACCAGCGGUGUGCUUCUGGCCCCAAAACACCGAGCGCCUAUUGCAGGAGGGUCCUGAUGCAGAGGAUGUCUCGUCUGUUAUGUCCGUAGCUGAUCAGGAUGACACUGUGGUUCCUGUGUCUCUUCAGUCACCCUCUACUGCCAACCAAUCCAAGGACUUCAUUCGCUGUCUGCCACCUCACCUGGCCAUGUAUAUCCUGGGGUUUUUGGACCAGAAAUCCCUCAGUGUAUGUGCUGCCGUGAGUAGAUGCUGGGCUUUUCUGGCCAAAGAAGUCAAGAGGGAACGUGUGUGUCAAAGUGUAGUACAGGAGAAGAUCCUGUAUUUGCAGGGGUUGUGCCCUAGAGGAGCAGUUCCAAACUAUGCUAAAAGAGUGGAUGUGACAAUUCCGCAGUUAAAUGAAGAGGGCGAUGUCAUUGAAGUGGAAGGCCAAAGCUGGGGAAGUAAAACAACGGAGGAGGAAGACAAUCUGCAGGCAGCCUAUCAUGAUCUGCAAACUGACACGAUUCAGCUGGAAGAGAGAAAUGUCUUCUGUGGCUCCUAUAAUAUUCGUGUCCUCAUAGACCAAUUGGACCGAAGCAGAAUAAUCCAUUACAGCGGCGGAAACUUGGUAGCCAUUGGCGCUGCAGACCGAAAAGUGAGGCUUCUUGGUAUGUCAAGAAUGAAAGAAGUGCCGCCUCUGCUUUCUGGCCACGCUGGGAGCAUCAAAGCACUGUUCCUCAAUGAGAAGAAAGGGUUCGUUCUCAGUGCGGGCUUUGAUCUUGGCAUCCGAUGCUGGAAUAUAUACAGUGGUGCGUGCAUGAAAAUCUUUAAUGGUCACUGCGGGACAAUCACCUGCUUGGAUUUACAUGAAGAGCUGUUUGUGUCGGGAGCCAGAGACGGGGCGGUGAAAGUGUGGAACCUUGAGAGUGGGAAAUGUCUCAAGACCCUGAAGCACUCUGGUGCUGUUUGGGUAGUUAAAAUGGAUGGCACCCGUGUGGUCAGUGGGUGCGACCGGGGGCUGGUGAAAGUCUGGUGCGCUGAUACGGGCACGCUGAUCAAAACAUUAGAGGGGCACCAAGGCCCAGUUAAGUGCUUGUCCUUUGAUCAGUGGCACCUCAUCACAGGAAGCACCGAUGGAUAUGUCCUGGGAUGGAGCAUGUUGGGAAACCUUAAGAGAUGCCUAAUAGCUUUCCGUCACCCUAAGGAAGUCCUGUCUCUGGAGUUCCUCUAUCUCCGAGUCAUCAGCGGCUGUGCUGAUGGAAAGAUUCGCAUCUUUAACUUCCUGACUGGAAGCUGCCUGAAAGUGUUGAUGGCCAACAGCAGAGGGGACCCCAUAUCUUCUUUCUAUGUUGCGGAAAACAGGAUGGUGAUCAAUUCACCAACAAGUCUGUUGACGUUCCAGUUUGAGGAUGUCGGGUGGGACUAUACCUUAGAUGCUGACCGAGAGAUGGUGAGGAAGAAAAACCAGCACAAGGGGGCUUCAAGCAGAACAGCGCUUCGGCAAACGAAACGCCACGACAUCGGCCGGAUGCACCCGCUCGCUCUGGAGACGCAAGAUGCUGACCAGCUCAUGCUGUCUUACUGGAUCCGCUGCCGGUCACCGAAAGGCUGUGGAAUGUCUCAAAGUACUACCUCUGAUGAAAGCAGCAGCCUGCCAGCAACAGUGGUCUUUUCUCCAGAUGGAAAAGACUUUUCGUAUUCAGGCAGAGCGGCAGAAAAAGUUUUUCAUUCCUGGCAUGGAACACCACCAUGCCUUUGCCUCAGGAAACUCAGCGAGAGCAUGUUCCGCAAGAAUCCUGGCAGGUACCGAUGGCAAAUCUGAACGUGGCCCUUCUCUCCAUGCACCUGCACAUCCUGACAGAGCAGAAGCCGCUUUGCAGCAUGAAAAGAGAAGAGGUCCAAGUUGUC